AUGGUCCACAAGUCGGCCGAAGGCAGGGGCUUCUCCCACCUCGAGAUCGCGGUGGUUCGAGCCACGGGCCACCACCACGCCUCCAACGUCGACGACAAGCACAUGCACGAGAUCCUCUUCCUCGCCACAAACUCCCCAGGUUCCAUCCCCUUCCUCGCGGAGCGCAUCUCCAGGCGCCUCGCCAAGACGAGGGACAGGCUCGUCGCGCUGAAGACCCUGCUCCUCGUCCACCGCCUCCUCAGGGGAGGCAACCGGUACUUCGAGCACCAGCUGCGGAUGGCCCACGCGUCGGGCCACCUGCAGCUGGCCGCCCCGUGGUUCGCCAAGAACCCGUCCGACCAUUCGGUCUACUUCCUCCACAAGUACUCCGCCUACUUGGAGGAGAGGAUCGGUUGGGUCAUCAACCAGGCGGGGAAGCUCGAGCCCCUGGUCAUGAACCAGGGGCUCGAGUUCGGGUCCUACGACGAGAAGUCGGUGGACCUGGUGUUCCGCAGGCUGCCCAAGUGCCAGGCGUUCAUGGACAGGGUGCUGGAGUCCUGCUGCCCGUUCGCCCACUUGCCCUGUUUCAACACUCUGUACCGGGCCGCCAUGACCAGCACGCUGAAAGAGAGCUUCCAGGUGUACGCCACGUACUGCGAGUGCGUGGCGGCGCUGAUGAACAUGUUCUUCGACCUGACCGCCGGCGCGAGGGCCCUGGCGUGCAGGAUACUGAGGAGGGCUUCGAUGCAGAGUGGGGUUUUGCAGCUGAUGUAUGAUACGUGCGAGAAGGUGAUCGGGAACAAGAAUUUGGAGUACCCUGUGGUGCAGAUCAUGACGUUGGAACAUGUCGCGGCGCUCGAGCAGGUCGAUCUCGAGGCCGGUUCGAGCUCCCCGCCGCCGGUGUUGGGGGGUGGAGUGAAGGAUGUUGGUGGAGAGGAGGAGGAUGAUGGGGAUGGUGAUUUGGAGGUUGGGGAUAGCAGUGGUGAUUUUGGUGCGUUGUUUUCUUGGAAGAGUAGUUUGGAGACGAAGAUCAGCACGGUCUGGGUAGUGUUUGAAGAUGAAUUUAGUAGAUGA